AAUGAAGAAAUUGUUUUGAAAUUUCUCCCAUUAUACCGAACAAACCCUAACUAAUUUUGCCAAAUAGUAGUCAGAUUUUAAAACCCUGAUGAAAGAAAAUUCUGGAGGCAAGAUACAAGAACAGUAAAUAUAUGAACAAGCAUUGAAGUUGGAAGUUUUAAGAAAUUGGACACCAAACCAAGCAUGGUGAUGGACGUAACCAACUGGGACGAAGACGCCUACAGAAACACCAUCCUUCAAGAGAGAGAAUCCCAAUGUCGAACCGUCUUCCGUACCAUUUUCGCUCCUUCUUCUUCCAACCCUAACCCCGACACUGUCGUUGCUGCUUCCAGCGAUGGUUCCGUCGCCGCGUAUUCUCUCUCCUCCAUACUCUCCACUCUCGAAUUGCGCAAUGGCAUCUCAAACCCUCAACAAGUGUUUGCUGCUGAACCUAAUUGCUUUCUUCAAGCGCAUGAAGGUCCUGCUUAUGAUGUUAAGUUUUACGGCGUUGAUGCUGAUGCUUUGUUGAUUAGCUGUGGAGAUGAUGGUCGGAUACGAGGGUGGAAAUGGAAGGAACUUGAAGAGUCAGAGACACCUAUACAUGAACAAGGCACCCAUGUAAAGCCAUCAAUAGAGUUGAUGAAUCCGCAGCACAGGGGUCCGUGGUAUGCUACAUCGCCAAUUUCUGAGAACAAUGCAAUUGCUGUUGAUCACCAGAGAGGAUCUAUAUUUGCUGCUGCUGGUGAUUCUUGUGCAUACUGCUGGGAUGUGGAGACAAGUAAGAUUAAGAUGGUGUUUAAGGGACAUUUGGACUAUUUGCAUUGCAUUAUUGCUCGCAAGGGCAGCAAUCAGAUCAUAACUGGUUCAGAGGAUGGUACCGCAAGGAUAUGGGACUGCCAAAGUGGAAAGUGCGUUCAGGUGAUAUCUCCAAAGCGAGAGAGUCUGAAGGAAGUAUCCACUGUUAGCUGCAUUGGUCUAGAUGCAAGUGAGAGUUGGCUGGCUUGUGGUAGCGGUCAAAGUUUAUAUGUGUGGAAUCUUCUGGCGUCAGAACAGAUUUCAAGGAUCAGUACUCCUACAACUUGCCAAGAUCUAGUAUUUGAUGACAAUCAUAUUUUAGCAGUUGGAGCUUCAUCAAUGCUUAGUCGAAUGGACAUGAAUGGAAAGAUUCUAUCUCAAAUAAGAUGUGCUCCCGAGUCGGCGUUUUCUGUCUCCUUACAUCAGUCGGGUGUGAUAGCAGUUGCUGGGUACGCAGGUCUGGUUGAUGUGCUGUCGCAGUUUGGAAGUCACUUGUGCACAUUCCGAUGCGCACCCGUAUCAUCAUCCACCCUAUGGUGAUGUUUAAUAUGAUUUUAGUUGCUUCAAAUUCCAUUUUAAGUGAAGGAACAGGAACAGGAACAGGAACGGAAGGUAUGUAAAACUGUGAAAUGGGAAGGAAAAAAAACCAAAUAGAGCUCAAUCUAAUAGUUAAUAAUGUUAUACUUCUAUUGAUAAUUACUGUAUAAAUUUAUAAUGCAGUGUUGUUAUUUUAAA